AUGAAAUGUGUGGCACCUACAAAGAUUAUCUGCACACUGGGGCCUUCUUCAAACAGCGAAGAAACCAUCAAAAAAAUGAUAGAUGCCGGAAUGUGCAUUGCUCGGAUUAACUUCAGCCACGGAAAUGGCGCAGAUCAGCAGGAUACAUUCGAUGUGCUGAACAGAAUUCGCAAUUCUGAUGCAUACAGUAGUCUGGCCAUUGCGAUAGACACAAAGGGCCCUGAAAUAAGAACAGGAGUCUUUGAAGAGGAGGUUUAUGUUGAAAAGGGCGACCGCGUUGUGCUUACCACAGAUACACAGUAUAAGAGUGUUUGCAAUAAAAACAAAAUAUUCAUAGACCAUGCAGGAGUAUACGAUGAUCUAAACAGCAGCACAAAAAACAUAUACAUUGACGACGGAAAAAUAGAUCUGGAGAUUGUAGAGGUGUCCAAAGAGAAGCAGGAAAUACUCACGUGUGUCAAAACACCAGGGAAGAUAUCAUCGCACAAGGGCGUAAACAUUCCAAAUGCAAAACUAUCGCUCCCCAGCAUAAGCGAGAAAGACCGUGCAGACAUUCUGUUUGGGGUGGAGCACGGGGCCAAUUUUAUAUUUGCGUCUUUCAUCAGAGAAAAAGAAAACAUAAAAGAGAUCCGAGAAAUAGUGAACAACACAGAAAUAAAAAUAAUUGCAAAGAUUGAAAGCCAGCAGGGCAUUGACAACAUAGCAGAGAUAGUGAAAGAAGCCGACGGGAUAAUGAUAGCUCGCGGCGAUCUUGGGAUAGAAGUAGAGUACAGCAGACUGUUUUCCAUCCAGUGCAAAAUCUCUAAGGAGUGCAGAGCACAGGGAAAGCCGUUUAUCGUGGCCACGCAGAUACUGGAGAGCAUGACAGACUCAACGCGCCCCACCCGCGCUGAAAUAACUGAUCUAUCGUUUGCCGUGCUAUCUGGCGCAGGGUGUGUGAUGCUGAGCGGAGAAACUGCUGCAGGAAAGUAUCCUGUUGAAACUGUGCAGGCAAUGCAAAAGGUGAUCACGGAAGUGUCCAAAUCAACGGUUUUUCCGUCAGAUCAAAACUACUCGGGUCUCAUUGUGAUACCGCCCGCUAACACAAUAAAUGUGUUUAUUUCAAAUAACAAAACAAAUGUGAGGAGCAUGCAAAUUGUAUUCGGAUGCUAUCCCGUGCACACCUCUGCGUACGAAAAAAAGAAUCUUCUGGUUCCAGAAGGAUACACGAUAAGAGAAGACAGGAGCGAGUAG